AUGACGAGUAGCAAGGCGUGGUUUGACGCCGUAGAGAAGGGAGACACUAAGAUGGUGCGCUUUCUUCUCCAAAAUAAUGCCAGAAGCUACAAUGACCUCGGGGAAACGGCGCUAAUGCAAUCUGUACGCCUCUUUGACAAGCAUCUCGUUCAGCUUCUUCUGGACCACGAGGCCGGGGUCAUUUCGCGGGAUGGCUCUACAGCACUGUCUAUUGCUGCCACAAUGGGAAAUGCCGCAGCUUGUGAGCUUCUUUACGCUCGCGAAGCGAAAUUAAGUUUGCAGAACAAAAGGACCCCGCUCAUCCUCGCUGCACAGGCCGGUCAUCUAAAGUGCGUCCAUAUUCUCAAGGACAAUAACCCAGCACACAGAGACGCGUUUAAUCGGUCAGCGCUGGACUACGCCAUCCAGUCCGGUCAUAGUGCGAUAGUCAAUUAUCUGGUUGGGCUUCCCCAAGUGAAGGAGAACUGUUUGAAUCAGGCGAUUAUGAUAUCUCGGAGCUUGCAUAACGACUUGCUGGCAGAGCGUCUUAUUGAGCUUCGCGACCGAUCAUCCAAGCCAAAGCCUGAGAGGGCAAGGUUAUCAAAAGGCAGUUCUGUUGGAAGACGGGCAGAUGCUUCUCCUCCCAACGUCAUCUCGGAGUAUAUCCCGGAGUUUAUUGGUGCCAGCUCCUCAUCGGCACACACCCCAGGGGUGGAUCCUACUGUCUCAUCGGCCAACAUUAAAGCCUCAGCAAGCCGGGCCAGUUGCUUAACUGGUUUGCUCCCCAGAUCUGUCUCAGCAAGUGUACGAGUCAACCCUCAUCCGCCACUAGAUACUGCGACUGAGCCUGUAUAUGCGGCCUACAAUGCAAGCUUCACUUCAGUGAGGCCCUCACAUUACGACAGGGACGACUAUGGAAAGCAUUCCGUCCCCUCAGGCCCUGAGGUAAUGAGGGAAAAUGUCAUAGAACUACUCUUUAGAAAGCUCCAGCACAAUAGCGAGGAAAUAGAAUGCCUUCGCCGCCAGCUCCAAGUGAUGAAAUCGCUUCCGAUUUCUCGAUCGGCUACCCCAGCAGAUCGCCGAACAAUUUCUCGUCCACGCGAGCCUCCUGUGCUUCAACGGAUUGAUGAGGAGACACUAUACUCGCAAGACUUUGAGAAGGUCCCCAGGAACAUCCCCGAUGAUUCUAUCAAUCUACGAGUUAACGAACCAGGCACAGGCACAGACGACUAUAAUGCUAAUUUUUCCAAUUUUGGAGACAGCGAUGGAUUCAAUGCAGGAGUCCUCCAGGGAACUAUGCUUCCCAAUACAGUUGUUCAUAACCAAAGAUACAUGCUCUCGCCAACCGUCGGUACAGGAGACCACCACCUUGACAGUCAGAACUUCGCUGACACGCAUGUAUACUUGGCACAACAAGAGAUUAUGGACAACCCUAGUCUCCCACAGGUCGGCGAUAGCGCUUUUUCUGCAUUUGUAGACACACAAGUAGAUAGUGUUUUACUUUCUAGCAUACCUCCUCCCGAUACUGGUCAUCAAAAGCACGCCAGUAUCACUGAUGCAAGAGGCAUGCCAGGCAACUCUUAUGAUAAUUCAUCAGCAAUGGAGCAAUCUUACCCUCUGGUAAGCGAUUCAUUUCGUUUUGAAACCCCUCAAUCUGAGACUUACACUGGAGUAGGUGUUCUAAAUAAUGUAGAGCGCUCUUUAGAUGACGCUAAUGAUGACUUAUUCCAGUCAUACACUGACGACGAAAUCCUACGCUCCAAUAGCGAGCUCAUGAAUGCUGUUUUGGCCAAUGACAUAGAGGCGGUUCUAUCCCUUAUCCCAGAACAGGCUGGACUUCAGAACAUUGUCGGAAAAACCGCUCUUAUGUACGCAAUCGAAGAGGGGUUCACCGCUGCCGCAAACGCGCUUAUUCCUUAUGAAUCCAGAUACAGCGACACUGUUGGAAUCACUGCUCUCAUGAUAGCGUCAAGAGUAAGCAAUCUUGAUAUCAUCCAGAAACUCAUUGCUGAGGAAGCUGGUAUGCGUUCACUGGGAGGACGGACCGCGCUCAUGUUAGCUGCACGGUGUAACCAGCCUCAGAGCGCAGCGAUGCUACUGGAUACUGAGGGCACUUUGCUGGACGAGGGUGGCUACACCGCCCUGCAUAUUGCAGCUGUGCACAACCAGGCAGAGGCCGCGUUCGUCCUGGUAAGUAAAGAGGCUGGCAUAAAGACUAAGGACGGCCGGACAGCCCUCAUGCUAGCCGUCGAAAAGAACAGCAUGGAGGCCGCAAACGUGAUUCUCCCUCACGAGUGCAACAUCACAGAUAAUGACGAUUACACGUGCUUGAUGCAGGUAGCGGAGGUUAUGGACAACCCUGCGGUCGCCCAGGUCCUUGUUGCCUUUGAAGGCGGGUUUGUCAACGCAAACGGACUGAUGGCCAUUGAAGUAGCCAUCAGAUGCCACAAUUAUGCUAUUGCAGAGAUUCUAAUCCCGAAGGAAGGGGUAUCCAUAAUGCAAUAUUGCGGUUCUCCAGACACUCGAGAGGCUGUGCAAGCAGACUCAGAGAAGUACACGGAGCUUAUGCAAGCCUGUGAUCAAGGGGACAUUGUUGCAGCAUAUUGUUUCAAGGAUCAGUACUAUUCUUCAAAUAUCAAUGGGAUGACACCACUAACGAUAGCUGCGAACAGAGGCUACACAGAUAUCGUGAGCAUGCUUCAAGAGCUAUUCAAUCAAGAAGCUGCUUCGUGGGAUGUGGCUAGACGUUGUGACGAACAGAAUGCUUUAGAGGAAGAGCAAAGCGACCAAGACGACUAUGUUCCCCCUGCUCCUGACGCCGAUUUUCGUGAGGAUGUCAGGAGAGAUACUCAUUCUCGUGCUCAAGUCGUGCAGAAGCUUCCUGAUAAAGAUAAUAUGGCACUCUAUGAAUCUGAUAUGACAGCCUCAGAGAAUAGCUAUCAGUCUAUUUCCUUUACAUCUAAAUCUAACGAUAAAUCUUCGAAGGCAUCUAGCGCACGUAAUAGUACAAGUGGAGCAAGUAGUCGCCACAACAGUGGGCACGCUACUACGCGCGGAUCAGCAAAUAAUUACAAUGUUGUGUCCAUUCAAAAUGUUCAGGAUUCGUCAGAAUGUCCUGUCCCAGCCCCAAUGCCAACUCGUCGCAGCCUUUAUGGGAUGCAACAUAGGCUCGAGCCCACGCUGCCUGACGUCGCGAAACAAAGACACGUGUUGGCCGACACUGUCACUCGGCAGUAUUCGACAUCACUCUCCUCGAAUAAGCCGUCUGUGGUAUCUAUUCCAGGACCUAGCAACCACUCUAGUAAUGCACCCAGUGCCAACGCAAGCUUACUGCCUGAAAAUAUAAGUAACCUCACUAUUAAUUCUCCCGGUUCGCCGAUUGGGCAACCUGAUGCAGAAGGUACUCCUCACGCUGUACACUUGCGGCCUACUGACUCUCAAAAAGAGCUGCCCAGUAGCCAAUACAGCACACUUGUGGAAUCGACCCCUAAUUCGGCAAAUGCAUUCGCGUCUAUUGAGCAGCAUCACUUGCGCACAGUCAGUAAUCAUCCGAGCACAGGUGUGCAUCAUCAAGAAGGGUCGUCUUCCUCUGUUUUACCCAGUGCUACUACUGUGCAGAAAAUUUCAGGUCCCGAAGAAAGGCGUAAAUCGGCAAGGAAUAUCAACAAGAAUAGCGAGCUAAUGCAGGCAAUCAUCGACGGAAACAACGAACGAGCUGCAGAGCUCGCCACUUCGCAGGCAGGACUCGUCAACAGAUUAAAGCAAACGGCUCUAAUGAUCGCUUGCGAAAGAAACAACGCUGCCAUUGCAUCUCUACUCAUGGAGCAGGAAUACGGUCAAGUCUGCACUUCUUACGAAAUAAGCUACUGGAAGAUGGCCCCAGCAACCGCUAUGAUGAUCGCAGCAAUGAACGGAAGUAUUGACUGCGUGAAGCUCCUUGUCAAUCUAGAGAAGAAGCUGAAGGACAAUAUCGGGAAGACAGCGCUUAUGGCGGCCGCCUUUUGUGGCCAUUUGCAGGUGGUGCGAUUCCUUCUUUCCUGUGAGGGGCGGAUGCAAACGAGAUUUGGGACAACGGCUUUGAUGAUUGCAACAAGGGAAAACCAAGUGGCGGUUGUACGGGAGCUCAUCCCAUACGAGCACAGCAUGAUUGAUUCCAAUGGCUUCACCGCGCUGAUGAUUGCAUGCGAGCGUGGCUUCCAGGAGUGUGCUGCUCUUUUGGCCGAGAAAGAAACAGGAGUGGUUGUUAGACAUUGCCCCGUGACAGGAGAGCCGUGGACGGGCCUAUCGUUUGCCGUGGCCAGCGGAAAUGCCAAGUGCGUUAGUGCAUUAGCGGCCUAUGAGGCGCAGACAUAUGGAGAGGCUGCGCUGAAGGUUCUGCAGAACAGCAAGAUACAUUCUGAGAGCCAGCGUGCAGAGAUCACCGCUGCAAUACAAAAGUACAUGCGUGCGCCCUAG